GGGAGAGGGAGAGAGAGUAGAUAGAGAGAGAGGAGAGUCAAAGUGGUCGGAGAAGGAUCGGGAAGAGAGAGAGUUGUGCUAUUUGAUCAGUUCGUAGCUUUUGAAUUGAGGAGGAGGAGGAGGAGGAGGAGGAGGAGGAAGGGAUUUGGGGUUGUUUGAGAAGGAUUCGGAGGUGUUUUUAGGGAUUUUGUUGGUGGUGGUGACGGAGAUGGUGGUCGUGGUGGUGGUGGAUGGGGAGUAGGAGGGGAGGGAUUGGUGCGGAAGAUGUUACCGGUGCCGCGGCGGCGGCGGCGGCGGCGGCGGGGGCGAUGCCGAGCUUCGUUUCGCCGUUUCUCGGGGAUCAUUCGACCACGGAAGGAAAUAACAUGCGCUCUUCUCGAAUCCCAGACUUUGGGGCGCCUGAUCAGUCCACCAGAUUUCGCAUAGAGGAUGUUGCUGCUCUAAGAACGAGUACUUUGUUUAAUCCAAAAUCAGUUGCCCAACCCAUUACUUCUGAUUCUCUUCAAUACGGUGGUUAUAAUAAGCUGCCUGCUUCAACGGAUAUUAAUUCUUCAUCAACUGGAGCUCCACUCCCAACAUUGCCCCAACAUAAGGGGCAACCAUCAAAUUUAGUAGUUUUAGCCAGUGGCAAUGUUGAGAAUUGGGGAGAAUCUACGAUGCCCGACACCAGCCCGAGGACAGACACAUCAACAGAUGGGGACACUGAUGACAAGAACCAAAGAUUUGAGCAAGGACAAGGUGCGACAAUUGCUGCUUCUGACUCUAGUGUCAAAUCAAAGGAUAAGCUAGAUCAAAAGACACUUCGUCGGCUUGCCCAAAAUCGUGAAGCUGCUAGGAAAAGCCGGUUGAGAAAGAAGGCCUAUGUCCAGCAACUAGAGAGUAGUAGGCUGAAGCUUACUCAAUUGGAGCAGGAGCUUCAGAGAGCUCGCCAGCAGGGCAUUUUCAUUUCAAGCUCAGGGGAUCAGUCCCAUUCAAUGAAUGCAAAUGGUGCUCUGGCAUUUGACAUGGAAUAUGCACGAUGGCUGGAAGAGCAGAACAGGCAAAUUAGUGAGUUGAGAGCUGCAGUGAAUGCACACGCUGGUGAUACUGAACUCCGUACUAUCGUCGACGGUGUUAUGGCACACUAUGAUGAGAUUUUUAGGCUUAAGGGCAUCGCAGCCAAAGCGGAUGUUUUCCACAUGCUGUCCGGGAUGUGGAAAACACCCGCAGAGAGGUGCUUUCUGUGGCUGGGGGGCUUCCGAUCAUCUGAACUUCUAAAGUUACUCACGGGUCAACUAGAACCUCUUAGCGAGCAGCAGGUCGCGGGGAUAUGCAACCUGCAACAGUCCUCCCAACAAGCGGAAGAUGCGCUUUCCCAAGGAAUGGAAGCACUGCAGCAGUCGCUGGCUGAAACACUAACAUCUGGCUCCCCGGGGCCUGCAGGGCCAUCAGGUAAUGUAGCAAAUUACAUGGGCCAGAUGGCGAUGGCCAUGGGAAAGCUUGGCACGCUCGAAAACUUCCUUCGCCAGGCUGACAAUCUGCGGCAGCAAACCCUGCAACAAAUGCUUCGUAUAUUAACCACCCGCCAAUCAGCACGAGCACUACUUGCCAUAAGCGACUACUUCUCGCGAUUGCGUGCACUAAGCUCUCUUUGGCUCGCUCGGCCAAGGGAAUAAAAGCGAACCAAAUUGAUCCAUGUGAGAUUACAAGCAACAAUUUAUUGGGUAGAGUGCGUAGUCAAAAUGUUGAUUAGAGAUAAUCAACUGAUCACUAAGAUAACUGUGUAUGUUCCAUAGUUUCUCUGGUUCAAUCUCUGUUUAUGUCUCCGAAUCCUGCAUCAUAUCUCAUGUGUAGUAUCUUUAGAUGUAGGGUAACAUGUGAAUGUUCAUUAUUUAUUAUGGUUAAGUUAGUGAUAUGCUCUCGCUAUGUAAUAGGUCGUUUCAGCAUUGGUUGUACUAUUCUUACUUUGCUUUGAACUGUGUUAAUUAUCCUGAGGAGAAUAAGUUACAAUAUAAGGGGGUAAAAUGAAACAUGGGCAGCUAUUGUUAUUAUAGUCUGUAGUAAAAGAUAAUGUGAUUUUUUUGGGCAGUGUGUUUUAUACUUUGUUA